ACAUCAAAGAAGAAAAGAAAGCUUUACAUUCUGUAAAGCUUUACAUUCUGUAAAGCUUUCUUUUCUUCUUUCUCUCCCUUUUCUUUGUUUCAUAUAAAUUCUUCAUCGCAAAACAACAAGGUAUUCAGGAAUUCACAAACACCACAUUCAGGCCAGCCUUUCUUGGCAUGCAGUAUGCAGCAUGGCAAAUACAAAGUCUGGAGAAAAUUCGCAGUAAUUUUAGAUUAGUGAUUUAAAAUCACUGAUUUUAAUCUAACAGCAAAUUUUUUAAUCUUCAUCUCUGCGCGCGUAUCACCUAUCAAUGGGUGGACAAAGCAAAAUUGUGAAAGCUCUAGGGGCGGUGAAGGACCAAACAAGCAUAAGCCUAGCCAAGGUCAGCAAUGAUGACACAGUUUUAGCAGAUAUUGAUGUUGCAAUUGUCAAAGCAACAAGACAUGAAGAAUGCCCGGCUGAUGAAAGACAUGUCCGAGAGAUAUUAAGCUUAACUUGUUACUCUCGUGCAUAUGUCAGUGCAUGCGUUCACACUCUAUCAAGAAGACUCAGCAAAACUAAGAAUUGGGUCGUAGCGUUAAAAACCCUAAUGUUGAUCCAUCGACUUGUUUCUGAGGGUGAUUCAGCUUAUGAGCAAGAAAUCUAUAUCGCGACUAGGCGAGGAUGCCGGUUGCUUAAUUUGUCUGAUUUUCGUGAUACCGCUUCGUCCUCUGGAUCUUGGGAUUUUUCUUCAUUUGUACGUACGUAUGGAUUGUAUUUGGAUGAACGUUUGGAGUACCGAAUGCAGAGUAGACGAAGACGUAGUCAAGCUAGUAUUCCUAAUGUUGAAGGAGAAGCGAAAGAUGGUCCUCAAGAAGUUAAAGAAGAAGAUUUGUCAAGCGUAACUACGGAAAAGGAUACUAAGAAGAAGCUGGAACGUGUAUUUAAUAGAGCUGAACGCCUUCAGCUUGUCCUUGAACGGUUCCUUGCAUGUCGCCCCACAGGUGAGGCGAAAUGUAACCGAAUGGUGAUUAUCGCAUUAUAUCCUCUGGUGAAAGAGAGUUUCCAGAUAUACUUCGACUUGGCCAAAAUAGUUUGCUUUUUCGUUGAACAGUUCAUGGAACUAGACGUCCCUGUAUGCACAAGAGUGCACGAGCUCUUUACCCGUAUAGGGAAACAAUUUGAAGACCUUGAUGUUUUUUACGAAUGGUGCAAGUCUAUGGGGAUCGCUCGUUCUGGAGAUUACCCAGAAAUUGAGAAAAUCACACACCAAAAGUUGGAGAUCAUGGAGGAAUUCAUUCGAGAAAAAUCGAACUUGGUAAUUUACAAGAGAGCUAUGAGCAAGAGGCAAGAAAGCAUGAAACAGGCACCUACUAAUCAAGAAGAUGGUGAAAAAGGUGACGAAGAAGACCCGAACGAAAUCAAAGCAUUGCCACCACCAGAAGGUUCUGAUGCAGAAAAGGCUGAAGAAGAAGGUGAAAAUGAAGACAAACAAUUAGUAGAAUGCAAGAAAGAAGAUGAAGACCAAAAAGAAGCUGAUUUGUUGAAUUUAUUCGACGAUGAAACCAUGGCUAGAAGUGAAGAACAAGUUAACAAAUUAGCCUUAGCAUUAUUUGAUGGCUGGUCUACAGAAGUGCCUACCAACGCAACAACUAGCGGUUCUGCAUGGACAGCAUUCGAAGAAGAUUCUGGCGGUGACUGGGAAACAGCUUUGGUUGAAUCGGCAAGUCACUUAUCUAACCAACAAGCUACUUUUGGAGGUGGUUUUGAUCUGUUAGUUCUUGAUGGCAUGUAUCAACAAUCAAUAAUGGCACCGUUAAGUCACGCAACAGAUACAGGAAGUGCGAGCAGUGUUGCGUUACGGCCAGUAGACCCGAAACAGCCAGUGAUGUUAGCAUUACCAUCUUCUUCAACGCCAAACGAAGGCUCAACAACAACGGGGAGUCCGUGGGUAGAUCCGUUUGCAGCGUCAACAUCGGUUGCACCACCUUCUUAUGUGCAGAUGUCAGAGAUGGAAAAGAAACAGAAACUUUUGGUGGAGGAACAGUUAAUGUGGCAACAAUAUGGCGCGAAUGGGAUGCAAGGCCAUAUUAAUGGAAUUACAAACACAAAGCAACCUGGCUACUAUGCCACCGGAAGUUACACAUAGAGCGCAUUUGUGGUAGAUUCUUGUGUUUUUAUAAUUGUAAUUUUGGGCAUGACAUACAAGGUUUCCGUUUCAACUGGAUGUAGAUAAUAUAAGUUUGUACUGUAAAUUUCAUAAACUCAUGCAGUGCUGUAGUUCGUCUCCAGAAAGAAAAAAAAAGUUCCAAGAAAUACCACCAAUCUCUGUAUAUGGCAUCAAAACUUAUAAAGUAA